AUGCGCUACUUACGUGAACACUAGCCUGGACGAAGACUUCCAGGGAAACGGUGCAACUAUGACAGUUCCCACAAGGGCGGGCAUGCGAAGCCGGUUAGACACGACUAGCAGCGAAGUAAAGGAAUAUCGAACACGGCUAAUAGUGUGUCUACAACAAAGUGUACCUGAUUAUGAGACAAAACCGGAGAAAUACACACCGCCGGAGUUGGGCUCGACGAAGGACACGCUACCGGCAAAUUUCGCUUACAGACCGGCCACUCGAGGGCUCACCGAGCUGGAAGCUAUGAACUUAUUUCUUCUCCGUCUACAUGAACUCGACGGUUUGGAUAGAAGACUUCAACCGGAUGGUCUUGAUAUGGAUCAUCCAAAGGCUGAUUGCUCCAUUGGUCCUAUCCUAUAUUCCGGACAAACUCUGAAUUAUGAAGACGUCCAACAGAGGGCUAUGGACUGUCAUGGCGGAUUUGAAUCUCAUAAUGAGAUGAUUCUCCAGAAAGCUAAGAAAGCAGUCGACGAGUGGAAGUAUGGUCAGUGGAAGCCUUUCCCCGAGGAGCUCCUGGCCAGGUUUGCUUUGAGUCCCGGGCGGCUCAAGUACAAGGAUUGGGCAAAGGAUGUUCAGGAUAAGAGCCUGUUGGCGGUUUGGUGGCCUCCGUACGAUCAGAACAUGGAUGACUUGGGCGCUCCUGAGCUAUACGCUCUCGGGAUCGGUAGCGACUGAUCAUGGGUACCCCGGAUGAAGCUUGUAUUACACCGACAUCGUUAUCAAGCCAUCUUUUUGCGUUCUGGUCCUCUUCGUCGAGACAGUAAGGCAGGAGCAGGCAAUUUUCAAGCCAAGGUUUCAAUUCGAUGUUUC